AUGACAUCCAACCCACACUACGGACCCGAAACAACAGGCACAGAAGUCGCACAAAGAUUCUCCGCAGAGAUCAAAGGGAGCACAGUCCUCAUCACCGGCAUAUCCCCCAACUCCCUCGGCGAAACCCUCGCCCUCACAAUCGCCAAUCACUCACCCGCCCACUUGAUCCUCGCCUCGCGAACCGGGUCAAAACUCCAAGAAGUCGAGCGGAAGCUUAAGCCGUCGUCCGAAACCCGCAUAACCCUCCUCCCCCUCGACCUCGCCUCCCAAGUCUCGAUCCGUGACGCCGUGGAGAGGCUGGAGCGUCUGAUCACCCACAUCGACGUCCUGAUCAACAACGCCGGCGUCGUAUCUUCUACUCGGCAGGAGACUGCGGAGGGAUUGGAACUCACGUUCGGAACGAACCACAUCGGCCACUUCCUACUGACCUCUCUCCUCGUCCCUAAACUCCUCGCCUCGAAUUCUCCACGAGUGGUCAACGUCAGCAGUCUAGGCUACAAACUCUCGCCCUUCCGCUUCCAUGAUUACAAUUUCCUAGGCAAAGACGUUCCGCCAGAGGAGUUGCCGCCCAAGGGACUGCCGAGGUCCUUCACGCCGUCUGGGGAGAAGGGGAGGGAGUACGUGACGUUCUGUGCGUACGGGCAGAGUAAGACCGCGAAUGUGCUGCAUGUUGUUGGUUUGAGGCGAAGGUUUGGGAUGAGGGCGUACGCGGUGCAUCCUGGCACUAUCUGGACCGACCUCCCACGAUCCCUCAGCGAGAGAGAUUAUAAGAUCAUCGAGGGGUCGCCGGUGUGGAAGAAUCACGACCAGGGGAUUGCGACGACGCUUGCGGCGGCUUUUGACCCUAUGUUGAAGGACGCUCGGGAGGGGGUCUUUCUCAGUGAUUGCCAAUUUGAGGACGUGCUACCUUAUGCGAAGGAUUCUGAAUUGGCGGAGAGGCUGUGGAAGUUGAGUGAGAGUCUUGUUGGGGGACAGUCUAAGCUUUGA